AUGGAGGCGUCUGCAGGAGACACAAACAACAAGAAGAGAAGGCACUCUCUACUAUCUGGCAUCAGUUUUGCAGGAGAAAAAAUCUUAAACUUGUCUGGAAAACUUUCUAUUCUCUUUGCUGGGUUUAUUCUGACUCUGCACGCAGCGUUCUUGCUGUGGGGAUCAGUAUUACUGUGGCACAGCGACUGGGUUUGGCUCAUUGGUCUAGUGGUGGCCGUCAUGGAUGUGAUGCUUGUGGCAAGGAUGUGCAGACCCUCAAAAUCAGUUGGAUGGUGGUAUCAUCCAAUGAUCAUGCACAUGGUAGUAGCUGUGAUUGCUACUUGGUUGAUUCUGGUUGGAAUGUACAUUGAUCCUCCCGAGACGGAGUCUGAACUAAGAUUUCUCAACGUUAGUGCCAACGCAAGUGAGGAAGAACUCAGCAUGCAACUCCUCCAGAUUAGAACUAAAAAUGCAAAGGAAUCUUUGGCAGCAAUUCAGGACUCAGUUGGCAAUAUUGGAAUCAGUAUCAAUGUUACCCUAAAUAUUCAAUUUGAAACAAUUUCUUAUGUUGGCAUCCAACUCAUUACUCCUGUCAUUAUCUUUACUCGAUGGAUGAUGCCACGAAUUGACCUUACAAACAAAGAACUCUCAGAAUUGUUAAUGAGUGGAGUGGCCAUGUCUUUUGAUAUCGUAGAGCUACAAGACAACAUACAGAAUGAGGAUCUUCGUAACAAUAGAACGCUUGCAUAUCUCAUCUUGGUCUUCACAUCUCUUAGUCUGCUACAGCUCUUGCGGCUAUCUGAGGCUCUGGCCAAACGUGUUUUCUCAUCUGCACGAUGGGAAAUGUUUUGGACAGUCUACAGCAUUGUGUGUCAUGAAAUCCCUUUUUUGAUCAUUCGUAUCUACAUUCUUAGUGUAUCUGGAUUUGCACUUGUUCAAAUAAUUUUCCCUCUCAAGAAUGCCUAUAGUAUCGUGUUUGGUAUCUAUCACAUCUUUGCAAUAUUGAAGACAAAGAAGAGGAAGAAAAAGAAGGAACAGCGCAGAUCGAGUGCUGCUGUGUCUGAAACAUCACAUGACGCGUCUGCAUCUUUCAUUAUUAUGCUAACGAAUACCAUGUCAUCAGCUAUACAGUUUGUGUUUGAGGAAAAAUCUUUGUAUAUGUCAUGGAUCAAAAUUUUCUUCAGUUUUGUUCUUCCAAUUCUCUUUCUGGUAGUUCAUUUGAUGGCUUUGACGUGGCGAGUAACACUUGUUAAUGACAACUAUUUGUUCUGGUUGCUUGGUCUGUGCGUUUUGCCAUUUGCUGCUAUCACCAUUCCAAGGAUCAUUCAAUACAGACGAGGCAUCCCUAAAGAGAAGAUGAAAGUCAAAGUAUGGUACCAACCAUUGCUUAUCUACCUAGCUGUCGCAAUAACUUGUUUCUGGCUCAUCAUUUUACCUCUGGUUGAUGACAAGAAAUUCCUUUCCAAUGACUUGAUAGACUCAACAAACAGCCUGACAACUGAAUGUAACUUAUCAAAGCUUGAAACAGACACAGAUGGAAGGAAGCUACUGAGUACAGUAGCAACGAUUUUGCCAUCACCAACUGCAGUACUGUUAGAGCCACAUUUUGCAACUCAUUCUUAUUCUGCUCAGAGUACUGGUAUUGCAAUUGCUGGCAUGUCUUUAUAUGAAACUGUAUUCUCAAUGGCACCGAGUAAUGGACCAGUAGAUUUUACACAACAUGCAAUGGCGAGUUCGACGCCAGCUGAAGUAGUCAGUUCUUCGCAUUCAGUCACUUCUUUUCUCGUUCCAACACCAUCAGUGAAAGUACCACGAAGAAAGCAUCCAGCAGAAAACGCUCCACGAGCCAACACCACGGCCAUUUCUGCCAAUGAGACAAAUAUUUCUACUUACACUACAGCUAGUUCUACCUACACAACAACAACUAAUGACAUAACAACUAUUCCUAAAAACAAGACAGUCACGUCUGCUAAGCAUAAGGGUUCAGUCAACUGUGAGACGGACACAUCAGAUGCAGAACUGUUGGAUGAAGAGUCGUAUGCACUGCUGCAACUUGUGCUCCCACUUACAAUACUUGGUCGAUGGUGGAUGCCCAAAGAGGGUCUGACUUCCAAAGCAUUUUCCAGUCUGUUGCAAGUGGCUGUUGCUAUGGCGUUUGACAUUGCAGAAUUCACUCAUUUGGUAGUUGACGAACCUGAAUUGCACAAAGAUCGAACUCUUCUUAUUAUGGUGCUGACAUUUACAUCAACUAGCAUCUUCCUUUUGGUUCAGAUUGAUGUUGGCAUGGCAUCAGAUAACACAGUGAAUGAAAUUGUGUGGACAACAUUGACUAUUCUUUUUUUGGAUGGUCCGUUCUUUGCUCUUCGAGUCUAUAUUGCAUCAGAGUACAGCACACAGGACUUGCAGCUAGUAUUUCUUCUGAAGAAUUUGUUUGGAAUUAUAUUUGGCAGCUACAGAGUUAUUUCACUUUGUGGCAGUGAAGACAAAGAGUCCAAUUUAGAUGAAGGUGAUGACAUUAUAGAGAAAAGUAAGAAAAUUGCUGUUUCUCAAUCUCAUGUACAUAAUGUUCUUCUGCCGGAUUAUUACGUUGAAGAGAUGUACGUCAACAGAAGAGCAAUUAAAACAGACAGUGAUGGUAAAGAAAAUAGAGAAAAUGAUCUCAAUGAUAUUCAAGUAUCACGUGAUGGAGCAGUUGUUAUUCCGAAUGUAGGAUCUACUAGUUCACACGUACAUGAUGACUCAUGGGUAGUCUCUGAUGAGGCAGGUUCAUUACGUGAUGAUGGAGGGCUUAUUAUUUCCAACAAAACUGCUAUGUCAAGUGGCAACCAAACAAGUAGCAUUACUCAUUCUGCCAUCCAAACAAAUCAGCAAGAAGUCAGCAACAAAGAAGGUGCUCGUGGUGAGCAAAAUGGAAACAACAGUGAUGUCAGAGACUCUGAAGAUCAAGAUGAAAUUGCCAAUUACGAACAGAGGUGCCCAAACAAAGAAGCUACAGCUGACAAUGAAGAAGCAUUAAAAUGCUAAACCCUAGGCGCUCAGAAAUUGACCUCUAAUUCCCGUUCGAGUACUUUGGUAGUAGAAACAUAUUUGGUUAGAAACACGCAUUCGUUCGCAUGUCAUGAAACCUGUUGUGUCUAGUUACGGCAUAAAAAGUAGUUGGAUCGAUAUAUUGUAUUGUUCGUGUAUUAGUUCAUUUCUUCAAUGUUACAAUGCCUAUUUUCGUUCGUACGUGAUUAUAGUUUUAUUGAAUUGCGAAAAAAUGGUAUAUAUGAUCUA